UCCUGCCUUUGCAUCAUCAGACUUUUUGGUAACACAUGUCAGAAACAUCAAGAAGCGAAAUGCUGAUAAUGACUUGAUUGUCAAUGGGAUAGAAAUCUAUAACAUGAAAAUUGAUAGUAAAGUAACUUCCCGAUUUGCCCACAAUGUCAUCACCAGUCGAGCUGUCAAUCGUGGAAAUGUGCACAAAGAAGUCUUCUUUGAUGUUGAACUACCUAAGACAGCCUUCAUUACCAACUUCAGCAUGACAAUUGAUGGUGUCACUUAUCCUGGAACUAUAAAGGAAAAAGAAGUUGCAAAAAAGCAGUAUGAGAAAGCUGUUUCAAAGGGACAGACUGCUGGUCUUGUCAAAGCUUCAGGAAGAAAAACAGAAAAAUUUACUGUCUCAGUCAACGUUGAAGCAGCAAGUAAAGUAACUUUUGAACUCACAUAUGAGGAACUGCUGAAGCGACAGUUUGGAAAAUAUGAGAUGUUCAUCAAAGUAAAACCGAAGCAGCUUGUCAAAGAUUUUGAGAUUGAAGUAAAUAUCUUUGAGCCCCAGGGUAUCACUGAGCUGGAAGCGGAAGGAACAUUCAUCACCAAUGAUCUACAAAAUAUCAUUAAAAAAACUUUUUCAGAGAAAAAGGGGCAUAUCUUUUUCAAGCCAACUCUUGAUCAGCAGCGAACCUGUGCAAAUUGCUCACAGUCUGUCUUGGAUGGGGAUUUUACUGUAAAAUAUGAUGUGAAGAGAACAAGUCCAGAUAAUUUGCAGAUUGUCAAUGGCUACUUUGUGCACUUCUUUGCACCAACAAAUCUUCCAAACUUGCCCAAGAAUGUUAUUUUUGUAAUAGAUAUUAGUGGCUCAAUGUCUGGAAGAGAAAUAGUACAGACAAGAGAAGCACUUCUGAAAAUCUUGGAUGACAUUAAAGAAGAUGACUUCUUCAAUUUCAUACUGUUUGGUAGUGAAGUACACACCUGGAAAGAAACGUUAAUCAAGGCCACUCCUGAGAAUUUGGAUGAAGCAAGGAAGUUUGUUCGGAGCAUUGACACUGAAGGCAUGACAAAUUUACAUGGUGGUAUAAUGAGGGGAAUUGAUAUGCUGAAUGCUGCUCAUGAAGGAAGCCUUGUGCCCAAGAGAAGUGCUUCUAUAAUUAUCAUGUUAACAGAUGGCCAACCAAAUGUAG